UCCGUAUCCGUAACCGUAGCGUGUCGCGUAUUUCAACCUGUUCAAAAGGAGAAAAACAUGGCGCCCGAAGGUAGACUGCAGACCUGCCCGACUUAUCACCUCUAGAAAGCUGACCAUAGUUGUAACGUGAAGCCAAGCCCAUUAGAAUGAUAGUCGUGUCAAACGCAACCGUAUAUCCGCCAGUAUUAUCAACCAUAUAGCCUGAGGAGCGCGAGUGCUGGCCUCUCCAUCAGUGCUGUAUGGUAAAAUAUUAAAUUUGUUUCAAUCUCAAUCACCAGUACCACAGUGUUCGUGUUUUAUGUAUUAUUUGAUAAACAAAUAGUCAUCACCUCAGUAAUUAGCAUGCAGCAGUAUAGUGCAUAGAAUGAAUGUUAAAUUAGAUUCUUUCAAAUAGCCUGCCGUGUCCUGUCCUCUAGUCGAGAAUACCAAAUGUAACGAACAAAAGAAGAAAAAUCGAUUUGCAGCAGAAACGUGUAUAUAGCAAUAAGCAAAAUUGCGGAGUGCGUGAUCUCUAGAACAGGUGGAAAGUCAACAUUCUAAGGUUAUCGACAUCGUCUAGUUAAGUAGUUAGAUCUAGUUUGGUCCAACUAUCGGUCCAGGCCAAACUACACAAUGAACGCAGAUCGCAGCAAGAGACAGUAUCGAUCCGGAAACAAUCUGUACAGCGAUGAUGAGCUGGAAUUAUCGUCGUCUCAGAUCCUGGAGAAGGUCAAGUCCGAUCGCAUUCCUUCGACUAAACCGGACGAAGAUCGUCGCCGGCGAACGAUCAUCGUCGAGAAGAAGAACGGUUCCUAUGGAUUCACGUUGCAGAGCUACGGGAUCCAUUAUAAGAAGGAACAGGAAGUCGAAAUGAUCACCUACGUUGACUAUGUCGAGUACGAUGGCCCGGCCUACCGAGCGGGAAUGCGCGAGGGCGAUGUCAUCUUGUCAAUCAACGGGUACGACAUGGAGAAAGCCGAACACAAGACCCUCGUUAAUUUCAUCAAAAACUGUGAUAACCGUAUGCGAAUGGUGGUGCUGUUUGAGGAUUGCUGCCGGAAGGUUGAACUUCAUCUCAAGUACAUAGAGCUGCAAGAACUGCUGAAAAGUAAAAUGAAUGAUCUGGAACGAAUCUGUCUCCGAGAACGAGAAUUGCUGGAAGGAAAGUGGAAAACACAUAGUCUGCCAGCACGUAAGAAAACUACAGUUGCCAGUGACGAUAUUGAUCCGGGUUCUACAACUGAUGUUGAAUCAGCAUCUGGUCCAUCAUUCUGUCGGCCAGCCGCUUCGACCGAAGAUGUUAAAAAGUUACUACGACAAAAAACCUACAUUGUACCACCUCCCGCCCAGUUUAUGCUGGCGUAUCAUUGCCUGGACAGCAAUUACCGUUAUGUAAUUCAUCCUUCAAAUUCACCCAGUGGUAGCGGAAAUGCCGACUAUACAUCCGGUGCUGCAUCAUUCAAUAAAAGUUGUGCUCAACCGUCGGCCAAAUUGUGUAAGGAUCAUCAAUACGUAAUGCGCGGUUCUUCACUUGACAAUAGUAGUUUAGGGGGCAGAAACACUGCCGGUAACCAGCAGCCAAAGUCUAGUUCACCCACGAAAAGUCUACACAACUAUGAUACCAAAUCAACAAAGUCGUCAUCGCGUCGACAUUUGCAUGGCCAUUCGUGCAAUCCAUGCAUGGGCCAUUUCCUGCGAAGUAGCGAUAAAACCGGCAAGGGCGCAGAGAAGGACAACACUAGCUUGGAUGCAUACGAUCUUGCCAGUCCGUGCUGCGAUCCACAGUGUGUUCCCACACGGCGAAAGUCCAAACACCAUAAAGAUCACCACCACAAGCACAAACAUCGUGACAAGGAGACGAAGGAAGGUGGCAAAGAUCGCAUCCCUCGUCCCAAGUCGCAGCCACACAUCUCGCCUCAAUCGCAGCCCAACUACCAGUAUCGCCAUAACAAAGACAAACAUGAGCACCAUCACGCCAAAGUGUACGAUCUAAACGCUAGUCUUACCAGUCAUUGUAGUCUUCAUUCAUGCACAUCAAGCGAGUUCAAUGCCGCAGCUGAGAAUUCGCCUGCAUCCUACAGCACUUCAAUCAGUUCCGAUACGCUUUACUGGGAACCGCACAACGAAGCGACACCGGCAUCGGCGGGUUCAUCCCACAAGAAACCCCCGCCGACUAAUUCCGCAGGUCCUAGUCGACCGCAUACUCAUCAACAUCAUUACUAUGUGCAGAAGUACGUCAAUCCACACACCGGACAGAUUCAGCCAAUCGCAAUGUACGCUGGACCCCCGGUGCACAAACCCAAAUCAUGGGACAACCUCGCAAUGAAAGGUUAUGGCGGUUAUGGCUACGGUUACGGCUAUCUCGAAAUGGGCAAGGCAAAUAUUCCGGCGCAGACUCGCACUCAAACUACAAUCACCAUUCAGCAUCGAAACUCGAUUCCGAAAAAGAACGGCUACGAACGUUACUCGGCCUUUGUGGACGUGGAGAACUACGCGCCACCACCGACACAGUUCCUACAGGAGACAACUACAACAACGACAACAAUCACCACGAAAUCGACGGAGAAUCUUUUAGGACCCUACAACAUAUCCGAUUCUAGCUUAUCCUGCGAAUGUGUAGAGGGCCCUUCGGCAACAAACAGCACAGGGGGCAGUAGUGCUGCUAGCACAAUGGAGAUUCUCCACGAUAAGUCCGGUUACUAUUCCACUAUCGGUGGAACCGGCUCCGGUGGCAAGAAACAAAUGGCCAAUUUAACCGAAAUCGCUCGACUAUAAUCAGCUUUUAAGCUAGAUAUAAAAAAAACAGGUGCUUUCUAGAACGCUAGUCACGUUUUUUCGUAAGCUGGCGUCCGUUUUGCGCAUUCGUUAAAAUUUUGUAUUAUCACAGAACGUUUAACGUUUUUACGUCUGGCGAAAACAUUAAACUUUAGAUACUAAAGUUUUCAGUUUGUUUCUCGUCUAAUUAUAUAAAAUGUUUAGUGUGCUUACCUACUGAAUACUGUCGUAAUAUCAAACGAAAAUACCCAAAUUAAAAUUGUAAUCUAAUCUAUUCAGAAGCCAAAAUACCAAACGGAACCAUCAAACCUUUACAAUUUUCCUAUAAUUAGGAAGUUACUUGAGAAUAUUUUUUCUUGAGAGUAGCAAGAAAAUCCAAUACUCUAAUAAUCAUUUAGAAAGUAGGGAAGCAAUUUCUGUAUUUGUAGUGUAUUGAGGAAAUCGCAAAAAAAAAUCUGUUCGUCAGAGGUUAUCAAACCCGUAAAUGCCACAUAGAAUAGUUUUUGCUUGAAUACAACAAAUUUGCAUAAUUUACAUGAAAUACUAAUACACUCUGCGGAAAGAUUUCGAUCGAGAAUAUCGAUACCUACAAGCCAAGAAUCGAACGAAGAUUAACUAGAGAAACAGUUCGGCUAUAAUAUUUUCCAUCUUCCAGAAAGGGCUUCAACGAAAUAGAUAAGGAGAGAAAAAGACCCCACAUUAAUGUAAAUUUGUCAUAAUAAAACGCGUAGAUG